CACCCCAAAUGUUUGCAAAGCUAACACUAGAUGGCGUGCCCAACGUGUAGUUGAUUUGGAUCACGUCUGGUUCUUUUUCGAACUGGUAAGGUUCAUAACACACAGCCACCAUGGUGCGCAUGAACGUGCUCGCUGAUGCCCUCAAGUGCCUGUGCAAUGCCGAAAAGCGUGGCAAGCGUCAAGUCCUGCUUCGACCCUGUUCAAAGGUCGUCGUCAAGUUUCUGACAGUCAUGAUGAAACACGGUUACAUUAACGAAUUUACCAUUGUUGAUGACCAUAGAGCUGGAAAGAUCGUUGUUGAGCUUAACGGUCGGUUAAACAAAUGUGGUGUCAUUUCUCCACGAUUUGAUGUUGCUAUUCGUGAUUUGGAAAAAUGGACCACCAACCUUUUGCCAUCAAGACAGUUUGGUUACAUUGUCCUUACCACCAGUUGUGGAAUUAUGGAUCAUGAAGAAGCACGAAGGAAACACACCGGUGGAAAGAUUCUCGGCUUCUUUUUCUGACCGAAAUAAAAUGAGAAUUCAUUGAAAA